AUGAGUUCUGAGCAAAACGAACGACCUUCUGCCGCGCCUCUGUGCGCGAACAACUGCGGGUUUUAUGGCAACCCCGCGAACCGGAACUUGUGCUCCAAAUGCUACGUCGAGUUCCUGAAGACAGAAGCCGCGUCGGCUGCCCCCACUGCGCCGCCGCAGGCCCCCUCGCAGGCUCCUCUCCCUUCAUCGGAGUGCGCGCCGCCGUCGUCUGUGGAGUCCGCGUCGCCACCCGGUGAAGCACCCGUCGCCAGCUCCUCAACGCCGCCCUCAGCGACUUCACCUCUCGACAGCAGUUCACCGGGUGUAAGUACACUGGUCGCCGGCGACGCCGGCGGACACACAGCUGAAGAGGCCAAGUUGGCGUCGUCGACCGCGUCCUCCGCAGAGGCCCAAGUGAAAAACAGUUCGGCAGAUGCGAAGACAGAGGCGGCGGAGCCUACGAAAGACGGCGCAGCUGCGCCGGCCGAUGAGAAACCCAAGCAGGUCAAGACGAAUCGGUGCUGGCUGUGCAACAGAAAAGUCGGUUUGCUCGGAUUUCAGUGUCGCUGCGGCUACUACUACUGCGGGGAGCAUCGGUACGAGGACCGGCACAACUGUCAGUUUGACUACAAGACUUUUGAGCGCGAACAGCUGCGGAAACACAACAAUCGCGUAGUCGCCGACAAAGUGCAAAAGAUCUAG